UCCGAUAAAGGACACCCCUUACUUAACCUCUGCAAAAUAAAAAGGAGUUUUUCUUCCUAUUUCCCAGAGACUCUGCUUUUUCCACAUAUUUUGGGGUAGAAUAAGGUUGAAUACUUAAAAUAUGUCAGAUUUAAGUGAGAAAAUCCUUGGAGAGUUGACCAAAACCGAUUCUAUCGAUACACUUGAAUUAUCCAAAACGUUCGGACAGGAUCAUCAAAAGAUAGUGGGGGCCCUUAAAAGCAUUGAAGCUCAUGGAAACCUAUUAGUAGUUGAGCCCCAAACACACAAAUAUUUCGAGCUCACAGCUGAAGGAAAGUUAAUCGCUGAAAAUGGUAGUCACGAAGCACUUAUUUAUCAGGCAAUACCAGAAAAUGGCAUGUUGCAAGUCAAAGUUAACAAACUACCCAAUUCUAAAAUUGGUUUUAGUAAAGCAUUGGCUGCAGGAUGGAUACAUCUGGACAAGAGUACUGGGCAAGCUAUUGUGAAGAAAAAAGUUCAAAGUAUUGAAGAUAAAGUUCAGACAAAUUUGUUACUGAUAGCAGAUGGUGAAAUAUCGAAGUUAAAUGACAAGGAUAAACAAGAAUAUAAAAAACGUAAGCUUAUACAGGAAGUUACCAUUAAGAGUUUUCUAUUGAAGAAAGGACCAGAAUUCAGUCUAGUAUUGCCUAAAUUAGAGACUGAUCUAACUGCAGAUAUGAUAGCUUCAGGAAAUUGGAAAAACUUAAAAUUUAAAGAAUAUAAUUUUGAGGCUCUAGGUGCACCACCUGAUAGUGGAUUCUUACACCCUCUUCUUAAAGUGAGAGCAGAGUUCAGGCAAAUAUUUCUAGAGAUGGGUUUCACUGAAAUGCCUACAAAUAAUUUUGUUGAAAACUCAUUUUGGAACUUUGAUGCCCUCUUUCAACCCCAGCAGCAUCCUGCAAGAGAUGCUCAUGAUACGUUCUUUAUUUCUGAACCCAAAAUUAGCACUGACUUUCCUAGUGAAUACUUAGAGCGGGUAAAAACUGUACAUAGCAUUGGUGGAUAUGGAUCAAUAGGAUACAGAUACAAUUGGAAAAUCGAAGAAGCGCAGAAAAAUUUAUUAAGAACACAUACAACAGCUGUGAGUGCCAGAAUGCUCUAUAAAUUAGCUCAAGAAAAGGAAUUCAAACCAACGAAAUUAUUUAGCAUAGAUAGGGUAUUCCGUAAUGAAACCCUGGAUGCAACGCAUUUAGCCGAAUUCCAUCAAGUUGAGGGCGUAAUUGCAGACUAUAAUCUCAAUCUGGGAAAUUUGAUUGGCAUCAUUUCGGAGUUCUUCAAGAAACUGAACAUAACCCAGCUUGAAUUUAAACCAGCCUAUAAUCCCUACACGGAACCUAGCAUGGAAAUUUUCUGUUUUCAUCCUGGUUUAAAAAAAUGGAUAGAGAUUGGCAAUUCUGGUAUUUUCAGGCCUGAAAUGUUGUUGCCUAUGGGACUUCCUGAAGAUGUGAAUGUAAUCGCUUGGGGGUUAUCGUUAGAAAGACCCACAAUGAUAAAAUAUGGUUUUAAUAAUAUAAGAGACUUGGUUGGCCCGAGAGUUGAUUUGGAGAUGGUUCAAAAAAAUCCUUUAUGUAGACUUGAUAAGUGAACUGGGAAUAUAGUUUUAUAUUUCGAAAAUAAAAGUUUUAACAUCUUAA